CAGAAAGCGGCGAGCGUCACAGAGACGUAGAUGGGUGAUGCACUGUCUCCUACAGACAGACCAUAACGUACGGAAGUAUCUGAGAACCAAUGUCAACAAAAGAGAAGGAGAAAAGCUGAACACUUCCAACAAGACGCUUUGGUGAUGAUGGUGCCUGUAAUUGUGGCGAGCUGAUGGAUCUACUGACCAUAUUUUUUUCCAUAUUUGUAUUUUAAUUUGUGUUUUAUGAGACAACGACAGUCAUUGGCUUGUUAGAAUGUCUGUUUCCCGCAGCCUUUACGUUUUAUGUGUUUUGUUUUUAUCAGUUCCUUAUACUUUGGGGCUGUCCUUCGGUGCUGUUUCAGGUCGUUGUGAUCAUUUGCCCAAAAUACUAAAAUCCAGACAAGGAGAGAUUCGUAACUCUGCCCACCAUGCCUGGCCUUCCCAUCCAUCAAACUGCAGUUGGUUGAUAACCUCAAAAGUUGGGGAGCGUGUCAUCAUCAGUUUUUCCCAGUUUGAAAUGAGAUGCGGGCAGGAAUGGGUUUCUGUGGUUCCUCUCACUGGCUCUCCAGCCAAAUUCUGUGGUUCUCAGCUUCCAGCACCAUUUGAGAUGUCAGGGGGAAACAUUACAGUGACACACCACUUCUUCCCUCAUAUCUACCCAGAAACAGGGUUCCAUCUUUCAUAUAUUAAAGACUCAGGUCCCUGUUUUCCAUGGGAAUUUGAAUGUUACAGUGAACGUUGUCUCCCUGCAUCGUGGCGGUGUAACGGACAAGUCGAAUGUCUUGGUGUGGGUGAUGAGCUUGGCUCUGACGAGGACGGAUGUAACUAUGUUAGCCCUGAACCACCCAUAGAUGAUGUAUGUGGGGGAUACUUGGAAGCAUUUUAUGGUUCGUUUACUCCGCCUGUACAAACAGGACAUCCGGUGAAGUGUGUGUGGACGAUUGACCCCCAGGAUUCACGACCACUCAAAUUAGAGCUUCAGCAACUGGAGCUGGGUCCUCAAGACAUGAUCACAAUCACAGACCAGCCCCACGGCACAGGCAACAUCAUCAAAACAAUCAACGAUGUAUCCAAUAACCAAGCAGUGGAGGUGGAGUCAUACACCGGCUUGCUUUCGCUGAUUUACCAUAUGGAGCCUUCAGCGGAAGGGCGGGGCUUUAAUGCGACCUAUCGCAUCAAGGAUUACUGCCUUCCAUGGGAAGAACUUUGUGGAGGAUCAAUGGGAGGCUGUUACACUGCAAAGCAGCGUUGUGAUGGACACUGGGACUGUCCUGAAACAGGAUUGGAUGAGGAAGGAUGCUGGGGCUGCCCGGCUGGGCACUUCCUGUGUGGGAUGGGAGAAAUUCAUCUGACAGGACGAACAGUGUGUUUCUCGAUUCAUGAUCGUUGCAACUACCAGCUUAAUUGUGCGGAUGGGACUGAUGAAAGGGAAUGUACCAUCUGUCAGCCUGGGACAUUUCACUGCGACAGUGACAGGUGUGUGUUUGAGAGCUGGCGCUGUGAUGGACAGGUGGACUGUAAGGAUGGCACAGAUGAGCUUAACUGCACUGUGACCCUGCCCCGAAAAGUCAUAACCGCAGCUACCGUUGGAAGCCUAGUUUGUGGACUUCUGCUAGUCAUCGCAAUGGGCUGCACCUGCAAGCUGUACUCCCUACGCACUCGAGAGUACAGCAUGUUCGCACCAAUCACUCGGCAAGAGGCUGAACUGAUCCAGCAGCAGGCCCCGCCCUCUUACGGUCAGCUGAUUGCUCAGGGAAUCAUUCCACCAGUGGAAGACUUCCCUACUGAGAACCCCAAUGAGUCUGCCUCACUCUCCCUGAGAGGCAUACUACAGCUCCUCAGGCAAGACAAUGCUUCCACUCUGCGGCGGAGACGCAGGCCUCGGUUUGUCCGCAGAGCUGUGCGCCGCCUACGAAGAUGGGGCUUACUUCCUCGACCUGCCCCUAGGACGACACAGACCACCGCCUCUUCCUCCCAACAGACAGAAGCUGCUAAUUCUAGCACUGAGCCCGGUCAGUCAAGUUCUGGAGUCUCCUCAGUGGCUACAGGAGCAGCCAGUCAGUCUUUUCCUCAAAAACUAGCUUUAUCCCUACAGACAGCAACACAGCAGCAAGCAGAGGCUCCUCCUCCUCCUCCCUCUCCCCCACCUCAUUUCUCUAUCCAGCCAAUCGAAGUCACUGAAACACAACAAACCCCACCCGUCACUGUGCCCCAAAGCAGUCCUUACCUGGCAUCUCUCUUCCACAGUCUGGGGUGGAGCAUUUCCCGUUUCAGACCCUCACCGUCCCCUACUUCUCUUCCUCUCUCUGCAUCUCCCUCUUUUUCCUCUUCUUCCUCUGAAGAUGAAGUGCUGCUGAUUCCUCUGUCUGAUGACACAACCUCUGAAGAUGAUGUGCCCAUGCUAACAUGAGCGACUCAUUCUUUCCUGUCCUUUUUGGUUCUGUCUUCAUCUUGUUCUUGCUCUCCUGGCGUUCUCUUUUCAGCACGUAAGCGUUACCAUGUUUGUUUCUUGUGCUGCUUGGUGCCUUAACUUGUAUUAGAGCAUCUGUUUUCCUGACCUAAGAGAAAAAGUAUUGCGUUAAUGUGUGUCAGAGAUAUUUGACAAGCGACUGUGUGCAGACUGUUGUGUUAGUUGUGCACUUAUCUAAAGUGUGGAUAGACGAACAUUUGCACAAAGAGUCUCCCCCAGCUGGCUUACGAAAUCUUCCUCUGUGUGAUCCUGUGCCGCGAUGUUGGUUAAAAAGAUUGAUUUUAGUUAGAAUAGGAUUUUUAUUAUUUUUUUUAUUAUUAUAUCUGCAGACAUGGUUGUGCGAUGUACAUACAUGUGAGUUUACCUCAUAGUGCUACAGGCCACAUAUUUUAUUGUGUGUGUUCCUCAGAAGUGCCUUUGAUUGAGCUUCCUGUACAUCACUAGACAGUAUGUGACUGCGUAUGUGCUUGCGCGUAUGUGCUUGCACGUAGGGCCAAACACACUUGCACAAACGUUUACACAGAUGUAGAACUCAUCCUUGCUAUGUAUAUGGUAGUGCAUGGCAACUGUGGCAAUAACUUAAUAAUAAAGACUUGUGUGUUGUGAGUGAGUGAGUGUGCGUGUGUGUGUUUAUGAGAGAAUGAACUAGCUAAAAGUGGUAAGCCACUCAAUUUAGACAAUCCUUGGAGGUUUCACUCGCACCUCCAUAUGCACCACCAACCUGAAUGACAUCACUAUAUAUAUAUAUAUAUAUAUAUAUCUCAAUAACUCUAAUAUGUCUUACAUAAUGAAAAUUUUAGAUUUCAUUCUUUUCUGGCUCAGUGGACAAUAAACGGGCAACCAGUUGUAGUGCCAUAUCUAUAGUCACUUUGUUUCAACUGCUGGUAUGAUCAAUCAUUUCACUCCUUUUACCUUGUUGAUGUUGUUUUUAAUCUAUGUAUUUUUCAGUGCUGAAAUGUUGAACUCUCAUCUGCUGAAUGGUGAUCGCAUUAGAAAGACAUAGGUGGGAAUUAUCUUAAUUGAUGAUAGUAGGAUGAAUUUCACUGUAUAUAUUUGCUAAACCAUCUGAAAAAUUUGCAAAGAUUAAACUGAUUUGCACUUUUA